AUGACAACUUUACAACUAUCGAAACCACGUUCUUCGAAAAAAUCUAAACGCAGGUCAAUGCCAGCGAGAGUUGGUGACCCUGAACGUUUAUUAGAAGAUGAUAAUCCUCCCACACUACCUCCACUUGAACUUUCUUCGAGUGACCAUCAUAUUUUGGACUUAAUGUUGAAUGAAAGUUGUAGUGAACUUGAUUUAGGCAUAGGACAAUCUUCCGAGGCAAGGAUCUCUACAGAGCAGGUGCAGGAAACUGAGCUGUCUCUACCCCUUUAUAAUAAUAACACUAGUGAUGUGAAUAAUAACCGGGAUUCGCUUGAAGUAUUAGAACCACUUCUUUCACCUACUGGCCGAGUAGAAAUAAACAAUGUAUUAUUGUCUCAAGAUGUAAUAGAAUCUUUAAACACUGUAAAACAUGUUUCACUUAUGGCCUUGGAUAAUGUUUUACGACAAAUAGUGGCGGAUGAUAUCGUGCAUUCGUCAACUCCUUCGUUAAGUAUUUCGUUGAUAUCUACAGAAAAUGCUGGCAGAUGGAGGAGACGGGCACUUAGUGAUAUUCCUACACGAGCUAAUCCUACUACCGAUAAUAAUACUAUUGAAAACAUGACACGAGAAGAUCGAGAUGCAUUUAUUAGAUCACAAAUAUUAGCAGAUAUUGCACAAAAUGCAACUAAAUUAGGAAGCAAAAGUGAAAUGCAAGAAUUUGGAGGACGUGAUUCUUUGGGAGCCUCUUCUGAUCUAAUAAAACUCGCAGAAAUACAGAACCAAUUAGAAGCUAAUUCGCCGAUAAUACCAAGUGACGAUUACAGUUUGGCGUGUACUCUGGCGGCGCUUUUAGAAAAUCUUUAUCGUAUUUUGGAAUUGGUUGGUUCUCCACAACAACAUGCAUCAGCAUCAUCAUCGCCUUCGUCUGAUGCCAUAACAAAUGCAAAUUGUCAUCAUUCAAAUUCACAUACAGCCGAGGAAAUAUUACAAACAGUGAAUGAUGAAAAUUUAUACGCUACACUUCGAAACGAAGUUACAAAUCUUCAAAAUAGACAUUCAGAUUUCGAAUAUCGAUAUUCAAAUGAUGUUUUUGAUGAGCGUAUUGCCACUUGGAAUGAAAUUCGGCGUCUGAUGGAAGUUGUGUCGAGUUUUUGUCGUGAUAGAUUAGUUAAUGAUCCGCCACCAAAAUAUACAACAACGCAUACUGAAUAUAAUGAAAGAUCGAAUUUAAUUGAUCCACCGAAAUAUUCUUCACUGUUAAAUAAUAACAAUAAUUAUAUUGGCACAGAUAAAAAAACGGACUACGAAAAAACACAACAAGAUUUUGAUAAUGUGCUUUCUGCCAUAGAACGGGUAUACGAUGUUGCACCACAACUUACUAAUCAGCGAGUUGAACUUAAUAAUCGUCAAGCUAAGCAAAUGUCCGCGGCGAUUUUAACUUCAACCAUUCAAAGGCUCUCACGUGGACGAUACGAAGAACAGCGUGCUUCCUCAAAUUCUGUUGUGAAGUACCAAACUUUGAAUAAACUGGUUGAGCAAAUCAAUAAAUCAGCAUCACGAAGUUUUGUCGAUCAACGAGUGGAACUGAGUCCUCGUCAAAUUCGCCAUUUUGAAGUUGCUAAACUGAAUGGUGUCAUCGAAAAAUUGGGAAAAAAUCGAAUGACUAAUCAGGAUUGGCAUCCACCAGAACAAUUACUGGUCCGAGAUCUGACUAGACUUGUCGGAGAACUAUCAAAAUCCAACCAUGCAACAUCAUACGCUUCUCAACGUUUUCAGUUGUCAGCUGUAAAAGAACGUGACAUGUUCAUGAAUAGUGUAUUAAAAAAGGUUGAGAAAAUGGGAGGCUAUCGACUGGAUAAUCAAGAUGCGGAUCCUCCGGCUCAACGUCGUGGGCAUGCGUUACAAGAAAUUGAAGGAUUGAUGGAGAAAUUAUCACAUAGAACGCCAAUGAACAAUCAACUCGAAGUAGAUAAAAGUUUAAAUAUGAAUGCAAUCGUAGCCCUUGUGCACUUUUGCGAAGUUGAAGGCCCGAGUGUAAUUUUUUGUACACAAGCUUUUCAUGACAAUAACAAAAAUUCCAGUGAAGAUUUGCCAUUGGACAGUUCACACUCGGAUAAUUCUUCAUCCUGUGCCUCUUGUGCUUUUAUAUUACCCGAGAAAAAUUAUCCAAUUCCCAAAAAUAACAGCAGCACUACCACCAAUACCGAAUUUAAAGGUUUCAAAACGGAAGAUGAUGAUAAUCCGUUAGUUGCUUAUAUUGGAUCUCGGUAUCCACAACACCCGCAGCUCUACUCUAUUGUUCGACAAGCUUGUGUUAGAAGCUUGAGUUGCGAAUUCUGUCAAGGAAGAGAAGGACCCGUCUUAUUUGGAGACGAGAAAAAUGGUUAUGUCUUGAGUUAUAUGUUCAAAAUCAAGGAUAGUCAAGCUCGUGGAUCACAUCGCUUUUAUAGUUUUAUUUUUUUAAUGACCGAUCGAGUUUAUCUUGUCGCGUCUUGGCCAUUUCUUGUCAGUAAAUUUCGUAUUUUAGCUACAAGCCUACAAUCAAAAGCAUCUCAAGUUUUUGAUAAAGAAAAGGCAGCACGUGAAAGGCAAGACGAUCCUUUUAUGUCACGUACUGGUCCAUUACCGCAAACAUCUCCAGGCAUUUGGAUUUUGAAAGCGGGUGGUCGACGGCUACAAGAACGACAAGUUCACGGUGAAACUUUGUCACCUGAAUUACAUGAUUUCACGCCAAAGUCUAUCGGUUUUUUCCAGCCAAACUCAAAUAUCAAUUAUAAUAAUGAGCUAAAUGGGUCAUCCUCCUCUCUCUUUGUUAAAGGGGGUAUUUUUCUCGCAGAUUCAAAGAAGUCGAAUUCUGAGUUACGGAUAAAUAAUCUACCACAUUUGCAAAGCGUGUUAGGAAUUUCUACGUUUCGCCAAAUGGUUUUCAAUUAUGUAAGGGGAAAUCAACUAAUCAUCCAAGGAUCUAAUCAAGAGACAGUGAAGUCUAUAGUAGCCGUCGUAAAGGACCUGAUUCCACGUAAAUGCUAUUCUGCAAUAGAAUAUGAUCAUAAAUAUCAUAAUGCGACAGAGUGUAAUCUUUUAGGGUUAAGCGACACGGCUAAGAUUCCGGAAAAUGUCAAUACAGCAUCUAUUUGUCUUUUGGAUAUCCUUUUUCAUCUUCGAUUUUUAUUAGUUGUAAACGCAUCUGAUAAAAACUCAGAUCUUCAAAUCCACUUGAAAUACGGAACAGACGAAAAAGCGAAAACUAAAGAACCACAAGUCAAUAAAGCUAUUUCCACUACGACCACUUCGAUUACAAACAAACUUCCAAAUUUAUAUAUGGACCAGUUAAUUGAAAUUCUUGAAACGAAUUUAGCAAUCGAGUUGUUGGAAAUGCGAUUAAUUAUAUUUAAGGAACAGUGGCUAUGUAAAGCGCAACAAUUUCUAAGAUACUUGAAGUUUGGCGCAGGCAGCGUUACUAGUGGAGUUAGUAUGGGAGUUGCGAACGGAGGAGGACCAUUGCCUGACAUCUUAAAUAGCAACAACAACGCGGUACCAACAUCAUCAAUAAAACAAAUUGAAUUUCUCAAACAAUUAAACGUUGACGAACACGAUCUUCCGAUUAUCAAGUUUUGGACGGGUUAUUAUAGAAAUGGAUGUUGA